GAGAGGGCAAGGAGGGAAAAGGGUACAUAUAUGUUACAGUUUUUGUAGCUUUUGCUUGAAGGUCCAAUAGUGUUUACAAGUUGGGUAGAUAGUGGGUUUAGAACCAAAGAAUAGAACACAGAAUUCAGUAUUGUUAUUAGGAAGAUACUGGUAUGCCAAAGAUAUUACCAGCCUCAUUAGAUGUCAUGACACUAUUAUAUGCUGCUUAUCCAAAGUACAUUGGACAUGCAGUAUGGAGGAAUUAUUCCAUACCAAAACCGCGUAUUAAAGUGAGCCUUAUCUACUAAUUCCCUUGUACAAAGAUUCCAACAUGAAGUGUUGGAGCUUACCUAAUCUACAGCAGUAAUAAUUUAAAGAAGAUUUGGCAUUAGAAGUGUGCAAAUACGUGUUGGAUUUAUAAAAUUUCAGUAUACUACUUUUUCCAUAUAAUAUUUUGCAGAUAUUCUUUUUGGCACGGAAAUAGGGAAGCAAGAGGUGGUCAUGUUCUCCCCUAUGGUUUACUGUGAUACAAAAUUGACUUGUCAUUGCCACUCAUCAAUCAAGGUCUCUUAGAACUGAAUUGCCAAAACUCGACGAAAUUGAAAUUGUGAUGCUUUUGAAGUGAUGAAUGCAACUUCUUGGUUUAGAUGUGAGCAAUGGACUCAACUUUAUGGUGAAACAAAAGGGGUUGCUUAAUGAAAGUGGAGAAGUUGUGAAAAGCUUUUAGUUAUCCUGAAUAAGUGGAAAUCAGGUUGGGCUAAUUAGAGAGCACCUUUGUGUGCUAGCAAAUAAUUUAGCCAAUAUGUUUCGCUUUUCAACUAUUCAACAAAUUCUAGACUUAGCAUACCAGCAAUCACACUAAAUACAAUCCAUAUCAAAAAUCUGAAAUGCCCUUUGAUUGUUUGUAUAUUAAUAACAACAGCAACAACAUCAACAACAACUCCUCUAAUUUUUGCUGGUGAAUUAUUGUGGGAAACUUUAUGAAUUGAAAAAGCAUGGUCAUCCUCUAUCUAUCUAUCUAUGUGUAUUCUGAAUAGUCUAAUUUGUCCCUUCUCAGACAGAACCACUUUAAAUUGCCACCCUUUUCAAAAUCCUCAUGAAGACAUGUUGGCCGAGGAGUGAUCCUAACCCGUGGUGGUUUGGUUACUUUCCGAUGAGGCAUGCCAUUGUACAUGCCAAAUCCUCAAGUGGAGAAGCAUAGGAUCUAAGUAUAUUAUAGAAUGUGCUCAAGAGCAUCAGUACCACAACAUCAAUCAAAAUACCUUUUCCAACCCCAUAUAUUAUGUCAUUUUGGGUUUCCCUUAAUCACUCACAAGGCGACAACACUCAUCAUCUAGAGCUACACACUCUACUUCUUCCUUCUGAGGUUUCAAACAACAAACAAAGAAGAUGGUGAAGUUCUCAAAGCAGUUCGAGGGGCAACUCAUUCCAGAAUGGAAAGAGGCCUUUGUGGAUUAUUGGCAACUCAAGAAGGACCUCAAAAAACUCCAUCUUUUUAAUAACACACCCAACACUAGUAGUACUUCUCUACCUAAGUACAUAUUUUCAUCACUAAGGAACUACUCUCCAUUUGGCCACCAACAUAGACAGCAUGGACCGAUACAAGUCCGUAGGAAACUUGCCUCAUCAUCUUUUAAUGGGGACAUGUAUGAGACAGAACUGCUAGAUCAGUUUUCUGACACUGAUGCCACCAAAGAAUUUUUUGCAUGUCUGGACCAGCAACUAAACAAGGUCAACAAGUUCUACAGAACCAAGGAGAAAGAGUUCAUGGAUAGAGGAGAUUCCUUGAAAAAACAAAUGGAAAUCCUCCUUGUGCUCAAAUCCACAUUCAAGGAGCAGCAGAGCAAAGCAGGCUCUUCCCAUGGCUCCAAGGAAGAUCAAUCUAUCUCAUGCACAUUCUCUAAUGAGGAGGACUCUGUUAGGAGCAGACCACAGCAAGAAGAACUACAGGACACAACAAGCACAGAUGAAUUGGAGAGAGUUGAAGCUCCAUUUUCUGAUUCCCCUAGUGCAGAAGAACUUGUCAAGUCUUUGCAAAUGAAAAGAGAAGAUGGUAAAUUCAGAACUCUUUCUGGCCGUGUCAUCAACUGCCAAGGGAAAAAUCUGAGGAUAAACAUUCCCUUGACCACACCAUCCAGAACCUUUUCAGCCAUAAGCUACCUUCUCAGGGAAGAUUUGCUUAAUCAGUCUUCAAGGAAAUGUGGUCCAGAAGGUGGAAACAUCCACCUGAACAAAACUAAUUUGCACCAUGCUGAAAAGAUGAUCAAAGGAGGUUUCAUUGAGCUCUACAAAGGCCUAGGAUAUCUCAAAGUUUACAGGAACUUGAACAUGCUUGCAUUUAUAAAGAUUCUGAAGAAGUUUGAUAAGGUCACAGAAAAACAAAUUCUUCCCAUUUAUCUCAAAGUGGUUGAGAGUUCUUAUUUCAAUAGCUCAGAUAAGGUGGUGAAGUUAGCAGACGAAGUUGAGGAACUGUUCAUUAAAAAUUUUGCUGAAGAUAACCGAAGAAAGGCCAUGAAAUACCUUAGACCAAGCCAACGUAAAGAAUCACAUGCUGUAACUUUUUUCAUUGGACUAUUUACUGGAUGCUUCUUGGCACUUCUUGCGGGAUAUGCUAUAAUGGCUCAUGUGACUGGUUUGUAUAGACCACAUCAAAAUUCUGUCUACAUGGAAACUGUCUACCCUGUGCUUAGCAUGUUCAGCCUUGUGUUCCUACAUUUCUUUCUUUAUGGUUGCAACAUUCUUGCAUGGAGAAAAACUCGUAUAAACUACAGCUUCAUUUUUGAGCUGGCCCCUACCAAGGAACUCAAGUAUAGAGAUAUAUUCUUAAUUUGCACGAUGGCAAUGAGUACUGUGGUUGGUGUUACGUUUCUUCAUUUGACUCUACUGACAAAAGGGUAUUCAUAUGCCAAAGUACAAGACAUUCCCGGACUUCUUCUUCUGGGCUUCUUAUUAAUACUAGUGUGCCCCUUCAACAUUAUAUACCGGUCAAGCCGUUACCGCUUCCUUUGUGUGAUAAGAAACAUAAUUUUGUCACCCCUUUACAAGGUUGUCAUGCUGGAUUUUUUCAUGGCUGAUCAACUUUGUAGUCAGGUACCAAUGCUCAGGAGCCUUGAGUACGUGGCAUGUUACUAUAUAACCGGUAGCUAUAAAACUCAGGACUAUGGAUACUGCAUGAGGACAAAGCACUAUAGAGAUCUAGCUUAUGCAGUGUCAUUUCUCCCCUACUAUUGGAGAGCUAUGCAGUGUACUAGGAGAUGGGUUGAUGAAGGGCAGACAAGCCACCUUGUGAAUCUGGGAAAAUAUGUAUCAGCAAUGUUAGCAGCUGGUGCCAAAGUGGCUUAUGAGAAAGAUGGGAGUGUAGUAUGGCUCUGUGUUCUGGUGAUAAUGUCAAGUGCAGCAACUAUGUACCAAUUGUACUGGGACUUUGUAAAAGACUGGGGUUUGCUUCAAAUGAAUUCCAAGAAUCCAUGGUUAAGGAAUGAAUUAAUGCUUCACAGAAAAGCCAUUUACUACUUCUCAAUGGGGUUAAAUCUUGUUCUGAGGCUUGCUUGGUUGCAAACUGUUCUUCAUUCAAGUUUUGAAAAUGUUGAUUAUCGAGUUACAUGCUUAUUUUUAGCAUCUCUUGAAGUAAUUAGACGAGGGCUAUGGAAUUUCUUCAGAUUGGAGAAUGAGCAUCUAAAUAAUGCUGGCAAGUUUAGAGCAGUGAAGAUAGUACCACUUCCUUUUCAUGAAGUUGAUGAAGAAGACUAAUAAUAAAGCCAUUGGGUGAUUUAUUCGAGGGUAGGGGAUGCUUCAAGACAAGUAUUUCACGGAAAAGAUUUUAUGUCUUCCUUCAAGUUGAUGUAAUAUUGAUCAACUUGAUUAUUUCAUUUGGUUUAUUUGCCUGAUAUCAUCCUCAAUUCUAUUACACAAUUUUUCAUUAACAAGAAAUAGAAAAUUAAUGAAAAAGUGUUGUUCCA